GCUUGUGUCUCUGUUGACAGCCAGGCGAUUUUCAUAGUUACGGCACAUAGGCUAUAAGAACGGCAUUACGAAUGUUUCGUGCACGAUGGUGGCCGAUUAAAUCAAAGGGAAACGUUCAGUACAUUAUAUGUUAGUUUGUGUCAUGGCGUCGGAAGACGAUCCCAUGGACAUUUCCGAAGCAGACGAAUCUCCACAGUUGUGGACCGAUGCACAAUUAGAGGAACAAAGACGAAGAGAUGCUGAAUGCGAAGAGAGGCGAAAGGCUUUGGAAGAACAAAGCGUUAAGGCCGAGGAAAGACGACGAAAGGUUGCAAGGAAAUUGAAGGGCCUGGGCUUGCGCUGGAAACAAGUUGAGCAAAGGCGACUGACGAGGGAAGAGUCAAUGCGAUCUCUGCAUCAAGAAGCGGCCAUUUUGAUCGGAAAUACGGAAGCAACGUGAAGCACCCGCCCAAUAAAGACAUACAGAUCUUUUCUAACGGCUGAGGUUGUGUAGACUUCGAAUUUUCAAGAUUCAAUCUUUCCGUUUUCGAACAGAUGUCCGGUGGACAUAUCAUUUUCUUUGCACACGUCAGACCUUCUGAUUGCUAAUGUGGAUAUGGUGUUAAUUGUCUGACAACCCAAGUCAUCCAUCAUUAAGAAAGCUGUGUUACGUUUUUGUCUCGUGUAAUGAAUUGUUUUUCAUGAAUAUUAAUGUUACUUAAUUUUCGUAGGAAAGAUUCAUCUUCUCAAUAAGCAUCGAAUCCCCUUACCUACGUUUUGGUAUCGUGGAGACAAUAACCCGUGGAUAGAGCGGCACAU